AUGGCGACAUUAGACCCCGAGGAUGAUUACGCCGACAUGGUCUAUACCCCACCCCUUUCAUCGCGCUCUGGUAGCAGAAUGCGCAGACCCAGACAGGCUCCACAGGAGAACCUGAGACAAUUCUGGGACCAAUUUAGUUCCAAAUUCCCCGGGAAGAUUUACACUGUUCUCCCCGACAACCCGUAUGCCCGUUCCAAGGCAGCGAGGAAUUCCAAAGGGAUCGUCAAGGGACAGGAUGCGGGGAAAUCCUAUGAGCAGGCCAAGAAGGAGUGCGUCCGAGCAGUCGAUCGCAUUGCGAACGAAUGCCGACGACUGAACCAGAAAUACUCGGACCCCCACUUUGACAUUGAGAUGGACUUGAAGUCCGGGCGGAGGAAUUGCCUCGACGGGCUCGAUGCGGAGAAUGAUGCGAUGCGCCCGAGAGGCGUGAAGCGGGUGACUGAAAUUUUUGAAAAUCCUCAAUUCUAUGUUAACGGGCCGACCGCUUCGGAUGUGCGCCAAGGUCGAGAUGGAGAUUGCUGGUUCAUGGCUGCGCUUUGUACAAUGGGUAAUAAGGAGGGCUUGAUAGAUAAGAUCUGUGUCCGUCGUGAUGAACAGGUCGGAGUCUAUGGUUUCGUCUUUUACAGAGAUGGCGACUGGCAGCAAUGCAUUGUGGACGACAAACUUUACCUACGCGCCGCCGACUAUGACGAGUCGGUUGACGAGCGUCCCAUUUGGGAUGACAUCAACCGAAGCGACACCGAGGAGGAGUACCGCAAGGUCUGGCAGACAGGCUCCCGCGCUCUAUACUUUGCUCAGUGUGUGGAUGAGAAUGAGACCUGGCUGCCCCUCCUGGAGAAGGCGUAUGCCAAGGCGCACGGUGAUUACUCUGCGAUUGAGGGUGGCUUUGUUGGUGAGGCGAUUGAGGACCUAACUGGCGGUGUAACGACGGAUGUUCUCACGAGCAACAUCUUGGACAAAGAUAGGUUCUGGAAGGAGGAGCUUAUGCAAGUCAACAAGGAGUUCCUCUUCGGUUGCGGCACCGGUCUCUACUCGAACUGGCUUUCGCCAAAGUACCGUGGGCCUCCGAGAGACAGGAAGGGUAUUUCUGAGAACCAUUCCUACUCAAUCAUGGAUGCCAAGGAGAUUGACGGAGUACGCCUACUGAAGCUAAGAAACCCUUGGGGAAAGAAAGAAUGGAGUGGCGCCUGGAGCGACGGGUCCGAACAGUGGACACCUCAGUGGAUGGAGAAAUUGAACCAUAAGUUCGGAAACGAUGGGUUCUUCUGGAUAUCGUACGAUGACCUGCUUAAGAAGUAUCAGCACUUUGACCGCACCCGUCUCUUUGGGCCUGAGUGGACCGUCACGCAACAGUGGACAAGCUUGACCGUUCCCUGGUCUGCAGACUACCACACCAGCAAGUUCCGGUUGAACAUAACUAAACCAGGUCCUGUUAUCUUGGUUGUAUCUCAGCUGGACACACGCUACUUCAAAGGCCUCAUUGGAGAAUACGACUUCGUCCUCAAGUUCCGUCUCCAAAAGGAGGGUGAGGAUAGCCAUGACUACAUCGUGCGAAGUAAUAACAAUUCCCUCAUCUCCCGCUCCACCAACGCAGAAGUUGAUCUUGAACCCGGCUCCUACCACAUCCUAAUGAAGAUCACCGCUUAUCGAUGCCCGAACACUGAAUCCACCGAAGAUGCGGUCAUCCGCCUUGCCCCAACCCGACGAGAGAAGCUGGUCCAGAUCGGCCUCUCAUAUGAUCUCGCGCAUGCCAAGGGCAUCGUCGUCGAAGGCGAAGCCGAAAAGGCUGAGCGCGAGGAGCGGGAAGCCCGCCGGAGAGAAGCGGAGCGGAAGAGACUUCGCGAGGAGACCAAGAAGAGGCUCCAACGGGAGUGGAUCCGCGAUCAAAAGGUCAUGGCUCGCAGACAAAGAGCAGAGGAGAGGCUCGCAGCGAAAGCCGCAAAAGCCACCAAGGUCCAGACAAACGGCCGACACUCCGAACACGAAGCCGACCACAUCCUCGCCGACGAUCCGGUAGAAUCUCCAUCGGACAUCGAAGGCCAAGAGAACGGCAUUGUAGCCAAGCACACCAAGAACGGCUCAAUCCCGAGCAUCAAGUUCGACGAGAGCCACAUGGUCGACCACCACGCCUCGCGCGACACAUACUCGGUCCGAUCGACCCGCCACCGCUCAACGCACUCUCUCCGCCGGCUCCGCCGCCACACUUAUAACCGAGACUCCGAGUUCCUCGAGGGCUUCGAGUUCGACUCAGACAUCGACAUGCCUCCCGAGGUCCCGGUGCCAAGGGCCAGCAGUUCGCGGACCUCAUUCAGCGACGAUAUCGACAGCAAGACGACGGACCCGUGGAAUGCGGUGUGUGUCGUUGGGCUGCGCGUUUACUCCAAGGAUGAGAUGCUCUCCGUUGAGGUUGUUCGUCCUGUUCCGGAGGAUGAGACCGAGGCGGCGCUCGAUAUGGAUGAUCCGGCUUUGAGCGCGACGUCUGAGAAGGGCUCGCGGCUUAUGUCGAUGCAGUUUGAGUGA